AUGGGCGACCUGGACCCACAGCGUUUCUCCACGCAUGACUCGUGGGACAAGCGAUCAACACCAGCGCCCGAAUCGCCGACAGAGGAGCCGUUGGAGAUUGAGGGGUCUGGCCUGGUACCCAAACGUACCAAACACAUCAAGUUCACCACCGAUAAAUACAGAAUCAAAAGCAACAGGAUGGCGGACCCUAUUGACAGCGCUCUCGACCUCCUCCGCCGACUGAAUCCCAAGGACGUCAAGAGCAAUGUCGACCACAUUAUUCAGCUCAACCCAUCGCUUGAAGAAGACCUCCUCGAAUCCGUCGAUAUCCCGCUUACCGUGAAGAAAUGCUCAAAGACGAAGCGCGACUUCUUAUGCUGCGACUACAACCGCGACGGUGACAGCUGGAGAAGUCCAUGGAGCAACGAGUUCGAGCCGCCCAUUGAAGAAGGUGUCACGCCUAGUGAUCGUGUCCGUAAGAUGGAGGUCAAGGCAAACGAGGCUUUCGAUGUGUACAGGGAGCUAUACUUCGAGGGUGGCAUAUCGAGCGUUUACCUAUGGGACAUGGACGAUGGAUUCGCAGGAUGCGUUCUUCUCAAGAAGACCGUCAACCCCACACCUAAGAGCUCCGGCAGCUGGGACAGCAUCCACGUGUUUGACGCCCAAGACCGUGCCCGAACAUCUCACUACAAACUCACCUCUACUGUUAUUCUCUCCCUUGGCACUGACAGCGAAUCGCUCGGCGGUCUCGAUCUCUCUGGUAAUAUGGUGCGUCAAGUAGAAGCCGACAUGGCCGUCGAGGAUGAUACCUCGCACGUCGCCAACAUCGGCAAGAUGGUCGAGGAUAUGGAGCUCAAGAUGCGUAACCUGUUGCAAGAGGUGUACUUCGGAAAGGCCAAGGAUGUUGUGGGGGACCUGAGGAGCAUCCCAUCACUCAGUCAGACGAACAAGGACCGCGCAACACAGAGGGAGAUGAUCAACAGCAUGGGACGGUAGGUAGGCUGUAGUGUUGGCGUAGAGAGACGGUAUGAGAUAGACGAUAUUAUAUCCAUGCGCUUGGGCAAAGGAUCCCCACGGGGCAUCGUAAGCUGAAGCAAUUUUUCCAAC